CCUUUAUUAAUUCGGCUUCUUAGGAGGAGAUUGCGGUUUAGAGAAUGAGCAGUAGUAACGAGGAGAGAUUAUAAACUUGUGUGGUGACGGAGGCAUUGGGAGCAUUUCACGGAAUGCUCUUUACUCAAGGGGUGUCUAGCUUAGACGUCGUGGAACCUCUGUUCCUAUUGACUGAAUUUUCGGGGGACAUUAAUCACAGUCGGACGCUGUGGCGCGACAGUUUAAUUCUCCGUCGGCGGCAAGUUGUGGCGACGAGAUGGUUCUGGCGGGGCUCAUCAGGAAGCUUGGCCAUCAGCUGGCGGAGAUCAGGGAACGAGCCCUCAAAAGUAUCCUGUGCAAGAUCGAGCACAACUUGAUCUGCUAUGCUGACCUGAUUCAGGAAAGAUUGCUUUUUCUCCAUUUGCUCGAAUGGUUCAAUUUCCCAUCCGUCCCAAUGAAAGAGGAGGUUCUGAGCUUGUUAAGCAGAUUGGUUAAGUAUCCCCCAGCAGUCCAACACUUGAUUGAUCUUGGUGCAGUAGAGUUCUUAUCUAAGCUCCGUCCCAAUGUGGAACCAGCAAUUCAGGCGGAGAUUGAUGGCAUUCUCGAUGGACUUUUUGUUCUUCCGUCAGAAGUUCCUGUCCUGUGUUCUGCCACUUACCAAACUGAUAAAAUUGAAUUGUCACAGCAACCUGAAGUUUUAACAGGAUAUUUUCCCCAAGACAAAAGUAAUUUCCAGCAGAUGGAAGUACCACCAGGACCACUGGGAAAGCCGACUGUGAAGUGGCUGAAGUUUUCUGUGUUUCCUUGGCUACCACUGACCACAACAGACAGACAUGUUCUUUCCUCCAAUGAAUGCUCUUUGAGAAGUAGUAACCACACCCUGAUCUGGAACACCUGUGAGCUGCUGAAGGACGUGAUCAUGCAAGACUUCCCUGCCGAGAUUUUUCUUCAGAGGCCAAGGAUUGUUCAGGGCCUACUGUGUCUGGUGAAGCUGGCCUUUGGAGGAGACGGGAAGCAUCGUCUUGCAUUACAGUCGGUGUCCUGUUUGCAGCAGCUGUGCACAUGUUUAAGAAACAGACUCAACUUUUACCGAGACCCCAACCUUUUCUCGAAUAAACAAGACACAAUCUCCCGGAAUUCUUCUUUGUCAUACUGUCAUGAAGCAAGAGGUCCUUACCAUUCCCCCAACCCAUCCCCAGGAAGCAGCAGUCCUCGGCCUUCUGUGGUUGGGCGCACAGGCCAGCGACCCCGAGGAGAUGGCCAGGACUGGGAUGCAGUAUCUUCCAGUGGAGGUAGUAGUCAUGCUCAUGUGAACUCUAGGAUAUCUGUGCAUUCUCCUUUGGAUGUGGCACAUGUCGAUCUGCCGGAACUGGAAGCAGAGGAUGCACUGGAGCUGCAGUUCCAGCAGCUUAGUCUUCCUCAGUUCUGUAUCUCCGUCCUGGAGACAGCCGUUCCCCUGCUGAAAACAGGCAGCAGAGAAAUGACAAUAAGAGUUCUGGAACUGCUUGUAGAAGACAUGAUGCUCAUUGGACAAGCAAUUUCAUCUGAAAUCUGGGAUGAUAACGGCCUCUUUGCUAUAGAUAUGAAAGAGAAACUGCUGCAAGUACUGGGGUCCCUUGGAGAAACCAUGUGUUACCGUAAAAACAGUUUUAGCUUGGAGCAGGCAGAGGCUCUGUCGGUGCAUCACAGGAUGGCCUUUGUCAGCAUCACGCUGUUCACAGUUCGACUGUUGCAGAUCCUUCUCCCUGUAGAAAAGGCGAGAGAGCUCCUGCCAGAGCCCAUGUCAACAGCACUGUUCCUUGUCUCUUUGGACAUGCCUCUUUCUUCGGAAUACCCAGACAUUCAUGACGCUGUUGUAGCUUAUUUGGAGCAGUUGGAUUCUAAAAACUACAGCAUUUAUAAGCAAACUGCAGAGGCUGCUUGUUCAAUUGAAUGUACCUGUAACUUCUUGUCUGAAGUGGAGAAAGAGGAAGAAAAGAAUCUCCUAGAAUUAUUGGAGCUGGCGGACCAAGCCUUGCGUAGCUUUUCCUAUCAUCAGCAUUCCCCCAUAAUAAAGAAAACCAUCUGUGUUUGUUCGAAGAUCUGGAAAUCUGUACAGGCCAGUCCACUGCUCCAGGGAGAGAGUCAGAAGGUGCUUCUCCACAUGCUGUCUCACCCAUUGCCGCAGGUGAAGUUGGAGACCUACCAGUGCUGCCUGGAGAUUGUGAAGGAAUGUUUAGGUGUCCAUAAUGUCUCUAAACCUGUAUCUUCACUUUGUAGUGGAAUUCAUUUUCUGCUUCAUCCAAAAGUUCUAUAUGAAAUCUCUGCAUUUGGUAUUCAGGAACCCAAACCUGAGGUGAAUGCUGCUGCCAAGGCCAUUCUGCUGUAUCUGCUUCAGGGACGAUUGAUGAUGACAGCUGUGACCUGGAACAGAUUUAUCGAAUCCCUCUGUCCUGUCAUUCCUGUGCUACAGGGCUAUGCUGAUACAGAAGAUCCUUUAGGCAACUGCAUUCUCCUUCUAAGCAAAGUGAGUUCUGAGGCAGGAGAAGGAGAAGGCAUUCUCCCCUGCACUACCCGGCUGAAGUCUAUGCUGCGACUUUUGCUAGUGAAAAAAUCUUCGGUUCGCUCACUAGCAUUAAAACUUUUAGCUUUUCAUCUUACCAGUGAAGAAGGGGCUGAUAAGAAGCGCCCAUUCAUAGAUGCUGGAGUUCUCUCCAGAGUUACUAAUCUGUUUAUUGUGAAGAAACCUAUCGAUCUUAAAUUGGAUGACAGAAGAGAACUAGUUAUUAAGGUGGAGACUGUUGAAAAGGUGUAUGAAAUCUUCACCUCAGAUGAUGUUGAUCUCGCUUUGAGAAAGUCAGCUGCAGAGCAACUAGCUGUGAUAAUGCAAGAUAUUAAGAUGCAUGCAGUGGUGAAAAAGCUACGCCUAAUUGAGAAGAUAAUGUGGUAUUUAAAUGAAUGCGUGGGUCCAGAUGGCAAGGUCAUAGAAUGCUUGAUUCAGCCAUGCCUCAUGCUCCUGAGGAAGGUUUUGUAUGCUGACCCAGUCAUCCGUGUUUCCUUGUCACAGCAUUCUUCUCUCUUGACCCUGUUAUUAAGAAUUUCCUUGAUAUUUCAUGAAGAUGGUACCGUGGUGACUGAAGUCGGGGCUUUAUUUUGUCUUCUGUUAUUUGAUGAAGUAUCAAGAAUGGAUACAUGGUCUGUUAAUCCUUCUGAUAAACCUUCUUUGUCAUCAGUCUUCAGUUUGCCUCUUUCAGUCUCUAGAAGGUAUCAUCUACCAGUUCAUGUGACUGGCCACCAUGCUGUGAGUCCUUACUCAAUAGUUUUGCCAUUAUCUGCUGAAUGUUUGGCCCUGAAGCCUGUGUCAGAUAUGCUGAGAAUAGCUUGGAACCUAGCCUGGUAUCAUGGGAGUGAUAAUCUUUUGAAACAAAUGGCCUGUGAAGCUAAACCUCAAGAAUUUUUAAGUACACUACAGCUGUCCACAGAAGAUAUCCUUACACUGAAGACCACUUACACGGCUAGCGGCCUGCAGGAUUGCCUCCACUCCAUUGCUCAGGCUGGAGGCCACAGGGAUGUGAGGGCUGCCAUUACCAGGAUGAGUUUUUAUCUUCUGAAUGACAGACUGUCCUUGAAGGAUGACCUCGGUCUGUGUGGGGCUACCUUAAAGUCCUUGGCUUGGCACACCACGCUGAACAGGUUUUUACAAGUACUUCCUGCUUGCACUGAAGAUGAGAAACUGCUAAUAGAUAUCAUACAUUUUUUGAAUAAGUUAAUAAAGGAGCAAAGAAAAAAAACAUCAAUAGAACUUUUAAACUGGAUUCUAGAGUUACUUCUUAGGCAUAAUCCAAGCCCACUAUUAGACCUGCUGGUUCUGACCGAGUCACAAGCACGGGGAGAAACAGAUGAUGUGCGGACUGCUGUUAGACAGCAGCUCCAGAAAGAACUGAUGGCUCUUCUCAAUUCCUUGUUACUGGCUUUCAUGGCGGUAACUGACAGGCAAUGUUUGGAACUGUUCUACGUGUUCCAAACACAGCUGUCUCUGAAGCUGCUGCAGUGCCUCAGAGUCGCAGACGCUCCUCACUUCUAUGGCUUGCCUUCCUUGGAGAGGACCUUAGCAGUCAUGGCUCACCUCACAGCCUACCCUGGGUGGAGCGCACACUCUCCUCUUUCACAGCCUCUCGAGAUUUGUGGCAAGUACUUGUUGGGCCUCUUGGAGGUAAUUACUUCUUUUUAUGUGGAACGGGGAGGAAAUGCUAUGUCCUUCAUGGGGAAAGGUGUUACGAAGAGCACAGUUCUGUGCUUGCUUCAUUUAUCCCAUGAGAUGAUUGCCCAGGCACCACGCUCGGAGUGGAUGCCGCUUUGGUUCUUGCCUUUGGGUAGUCAGAGUGAAGAACACACUCCUCCUCAGCAAGGGUUGGCCUGGCUGAUUCCCCUGUGGGUUGACAGAGACCCGGAGGUGAGAUUCACCUCACUGGGAUUGGGAUCAGCACUGACUACCAUUGAAGCUGGUUGUAUGGCCUUGGCCAGCAGUUGUCAGAAUAUUUCUGGUGGGCUCUGGGGAACCGUGCUGAACAUUCUUCUGGAUCAGUCGGAAUGCAGUGUGGUACGCCGGGAGGCUGCAUUUAUUCUUCAGAAUCUCCUUGUAAUUCCGAUGCCUUCAGAAAUUAUGAAGGGUUAUACGUGGCAGGGUCCCUGUGUCCACGAUGAGGAUUCUGGCCUGUCACUUGUAGGAAAACCUGCCCUCCAGGCCCUUUUAUAUCACUGUCACUUUUAUGGACAUUUGACUCAUAUGGUGAAACACUGUUACUUAGGAAGAUAUGUGUUUGAUUUUAAUUUUUCUGCUUUUACUGAAACUUCAGAAUACAGAGAUUUAAAUGGCUUAGACGAGUCAUUCAAGUUUUGGAGUGGUCGCUCGGGGAUGUAUGUUCAUGAUCAUGAGCCAAGCUCUCUUUCCACCUCAGAAACAAUGGUGGUGUCUUCUGUGGGCAGUGCUGAGGCUCAGCCCCUGCUGCCAUCAGCACUUCCUGAAACUGAGCCUGACCAGUUUGUGAAUCAAGGUCAAUGUGAAACCAGGUCAGCGCGACCCCGUGACUCCUCGUUGUCUGCUUCCCGUCAACAGCAGAUCAUGCUUGUUACUCCAUCCCUGCUGUCAGCAAUCUGUAGCCUUUUAGACAACCUCUUGGCAGUUACUCCGAGAGAUACUGCAAGUGCUUUUCAACAAGCCCAUCUCAUAGAGCUUCUCUGCAGCACUGUGGAUGCCUCCCUCCUAGAGAGGUGCAUCCAGGACCUCAAGACCCCGCUGCCUGUGUCAUAUGCUGUUGAAUACACUCUGGCUCAGGCUUCCUUUCUCUUGGAAUACCUGUCCUCUUUGUCCCAGCUUUUGCAGUCCUGUCUGUUGGUAGAUCCUAGCCUUGUGACACGGGAUGAACUCUUGAAACCUCUUAUAACUAAUGUCAUUCGAGUUCUCAUUGUGUGCAUCAAGGAUGUACUGGACGUCCAGGUGGUGUUGGCUUUUUAUCGCACGUGGACAAAUUUGUUUGACCUCCUGACCACACUGCUGAGGAAAGCUGGUACUGUCUCUCUGUCCCCUGUUACCUCAGCUCUUGCCAAGCACUGGGAGGCAGUGAUGGAUAGCUUGUGUGGCUGUGUGGGCUUGUCAGUCAGGUGCCCUGCACUGACUAUUGCCAGCCUCCAGUUCCUGUCUGUCCUCUUGGCUGAGGAAGAAAAGAGGCGUCUCCAGGACAAGGACAGAACAGAUGGGUGCCAGGCCCCAACAGUGGCGUUACUUCUCGAUGGACCUCAAGAAGGGCUUAAAUAUUCAGAGCAACUUAAUGAAAGAAUUCUUCAGGCCUUUGAAGGAAAACCCUCCAAAGACGUCCUUAAGAGAGUUGCGGCAAGCGCGCUGAUGUCACUCCUGGCUGUGAGCAGAAGUGCUCAGAAGCACGCUCUGAGAUCUGAUUUCAUAGAGAACUGGAUGGAGCAGAUGAAACACAUCAACGCACAACUGAACCUGGAUUUGCUGAGGCCUGGGAAAGCAGCACUGAAAAAAAAGGAAGAUGGUCUUAUUAAAGAGUUAAGCAUUACCAUGCAGCUUCUAAGAAAUUGUCUGUAUCAAAAUGAAGAAUGCAAAGUGGCAGCUCUUGAAGCACGUCUCGUGCCUGUCCUGCACUCUCUCUGGCCUUGGCUUUUGAUGGAUGAUUCAUUGAUGCAAAUUGCCUUGCAGUUGCUUUGUGUCUAUACUGCGAAUUUUCCAGCUGGCUGCAGUUCCCUGUGUUGGUCAAAUUAUGGUCAAUGUGUUCAACCUGCACACAGAGGCUCCCCCAGCGGCUCCCUGAUACUGUGUGUCCUGAAGCUGGCUUCUCAGAUGCCUGCGGAGAACACCCCCAUCCAGCAGAUGGUUUUUAUGUUUCUUUCAAACCUGGCCUUAUCUCACGACUGCAAGGGAGUAAUUCAGAAGAGCAACUUUCUGCAGCACUUUCUGUCCCUGACAUUGCCUAAAGGAGGAAACAAACAUCUCAGCAAUCUGUCCAUUCUGUGGUUGAAGUUACUCCUGAAUAUAUCAUUUGGAGAAGAUGGACAACAAAUGAUCCUGAGGCUGGAUGGCUGCUUAGACUUACUCACAGAGAUGAGCAAAUAUAAGCAUAAGAGCAGCCCUUACAUACCUCUGCUGAUUUUUCAUAACAUUUGCUUCAGCCCUACUAACAAGCCUAAAAUUCUAGCUAAUGAAAAAGUUGUUACUCUUCUGGCUACCUGUUUAGAAAGUGAGAAUCAAAAUACCCAGAGGAUUGGAGCAGCUUCACUUUGGGCUCUAACUUACAACUAUCAAAAGGCAAAAGCAACUUUGAAAAAUCCAUCAAUAAAAAGAAGAGUAGAUGAAGCAUAUUCCAUAGCAAAGACAACUUUUCCUAACUCAGAAGAAAACCCUCUAAAUGCCUACUAUUUGAAAUGCCUUGAAAACCUUGUGCAGCAGCUUAACUGUUGCUGAGCCAUGAGGUACUCUACUGCAGAGCUGACCGCUGCCCACGGGAGAGCUGGAUCAGAGGUCAGGCUUUGUGAAGCUGCUGCUCCCGGACUGGGGCUGCCCCUGCACUGUCCAGGCCUGCCUGCGCCGAGUCAGCACCAGCCACCCCGAAGGAACUGGUGACUCCCACUCUGUUUCUCCCUGGCAGUCUUCCAGAAGUAACUUGCUAGCCCAGGAUGCUGCCAAGACAGACUUCUGGCAAUAGAAACAUUUUUAUACUUUUCUAUGCAAUGUGUUUUGUAAAAAAUUCUAUUUAAUAGUUAUUUAAUAAAAUAAUUUUUUAGAAACUGCAAA